AUGGUAAAGAAAACUAGUAGUAAACCUAAAAAACGUCGUACAUUCGCUGCUGAUAAACAUAAUACAAAAACUCGUACUGAUGUAGUUAACAAAAGCAAUCCAUUUGAUUUACAUGUUAAUCGUUUAAAACAUGAUGUACUUGGUAAAAGACGUAAUUAUGAAAAAGGUGGGCAACCACUUAAAUCACGAUCACGAGGAAUUGAAAAAAGAAAACGUACAUUAUUAAAAGAAUUAAAUUCAGUAUUUAAAAAAAAUACUUUUAUUGAUUAUCGUUUGGGUGAAAAUGAUCCAACAUUAACAAAUGAUGAAAAAUUAAUGCAACGUUUAAUUGCAGAACGUUCUAAAACACGUCUUGGUAAAGAAAGUCGUUAUAAUUUAAAUGAUGAAGAAGAUUUAACACAUUAUGGUCAAUCACUAUCAAAAUCUGAUGAACUUAAUCAAAAGCCUGUUGUUGAUGAUUAUGAUGAUGAUGAUUUAAAUAAAGGUCGAUUAAAAUCUGAUAGUUUUUUUGGUGGUUUUCAAAAUCCAAAUGAUCAACGUAAACCACAAUCGAAAAAAGAAUGGAUUGAAGAUAUGAUUAAAAGUACAAAAUUAGAUAAAUAUGAACGUCAACGUGAAAAUGAAAAAGUUUUUGAUUUGACUUCAAAUCUUGAUGAACAAUGGAAAGCAUUAAGUAAAUUAAUAAAUGUCAAAGAAAGACAAUCGAAAGAUAUAAAAGAAACAGCGGAUGAUUUUGAUAAACUUGUUAGUUCAUUAAAAUUUGAAGCGAAAACAACAGGUGUACCAGUAAAGACUAUUGCAGAAAGAGAAAAAGAAGCAGCAGAACGAUUAAAAACUUUACAGAUUGCAGAAAGUGAACGUAUGGAACGUCCAACAUUAAAAUCGAUAUUAGCAAAGAAUAGACCACAAACACAUCUUUCUGUUGAAGAAUUAGAUGAAAGUUAUUAUAUUCUGGAUGGAACGAAAAGACGUGUUACAUUUGAUGAUGAAAAUGAAGCUGACAAGAAUGGAACAUUACCAACAGAAGAAACAACAACAGAUAAUGGAGAUGAUUCAACUCCAGUUGAUAAUGAAGAACAAGGAGAUAAUGAUGAUGAUGAAGAAGAAGAAGAAGAAGAAGCGGAAGAAAAAACAAAUGGUGAUUUAGUAGCAGAAUUUGAAGAAAUACCAUCCAGUCUUGAUAUACUUCAAAAUCGUAUACGUGAAGAUAAAAAUACAAUAAAUAUAAUCUGGAAACGAAUUAGAGAUAAACGAUUACCACCUAUACCAAAAGUAGUACUAAGUAAUUAUUUUGAUGUAUUACUUGAUUAUUAUGUUUCAAUAAAACCAAACCAAGUAAUAUACAAUAAAGUUAGUAAAAUUCUUCUUGAUCUUUUACAAUCAAUUAAUAAUGAUCAAACAAAAGCGAAUAUACUUAAUCGAUUAAAACAAUAUCAUGUAACUUUAAGUGAACAAAUUGAAGAAGAAAAAUUUUGUCAAGUUGAUUUAUCAUUCGUUGUAUUUCUAAAAUUAAUUACUUAUCUUUAUCCAACAUCAGAUUUUCGUCAUCCAAUAACAACUCCAGCAUUAACAUUACUUAUUCAAGCUGUUCAUCAUGCUUCAUUAAAUUCUUUGUCUUCUUGUCGACAAGCAUUACUAUUAAUUGAACUUACUAAACAAUGGAUAUCAAAAACCACUCGUUAUGUACCAGAAGUAAUUGUUUUAUUGAUGAAAUUACUUCAACUUGCAUGUCCAACUGGAAAAUCGAAACAUGUUCUAUCAUGUUCAUCGAAACAGAGUGGAAAUAAUCAAUUAAUUGUGAUAAAUAAGAAUAUUGAUUUAUCAAAAUCAACUAAAUUAACUGUUUUUUCUGAUAAUGAUCUGGAUGAUGAUGAUAAUGAUGAACAUCUGGCAAUGAUUCUUCAAACAUGUCUUAAUUCUUUAAUCGAUUUUUUGAAUAUCUAUCAAUCACUUUCAGCUAUAGUGGAAAUAGCUCAACCAUUUAAAUCUCUUGUUCAAACUAUUGCUGAAACAUCGAAAUGUAAUCAGAUAUCAUUAAAAAGUCGAGAAGUUUUAACUUUAAUUGAUACAAUUCAAACAACAUGUCUUACUAAUCGUAAACAUCUUGAACAAGGCAAAGAACAAACGAAAAUAUUACGAUUAUAUGAACCUCGUUUUGGUCCUGUAUACGAAGGUAAAAAGAAUACUCGUCUACCAAAAGAACAUGCUGAACGUAUGGGUCUUCGACGAAAAUAUAAACGAGAACUUAAAUCCACUACUCGUGCACUUAUACUUGAUAAUCAAUUUAUUGCACGAGAAGAACUUCGACAACAAAUGGAAAAGGAUACUCAACGAAAACGCAAAGUCAAAGAUAUUCUAUCAGAAUUAUCUAUGCAAGAAGGAGAAUAUAGAAAAUUACAAAAAACUAAAUAA